AUUCACCCAACGGCCUACAGAUGGCAAGUUCAUAGUGUUGCCUUAAGAUUAUAUGCAGCGAAGCCCAACUUGGAUAUCUAUGUCUCUUUAGUCUAUGGUGUUAGGCACGUUUUAUGGUUAUUGAUUAUGCGGGCAACUAGCGAACACCCAACUAACGAACAUCCAACGAGCGAAUCAUCACUGUAAUGGAUUUCAAAUUGUCAUGCAAUGAAUUGAGGACAACGAUUUGUAGUUGUGCUUUGUUCAGGAAACGCAGCCUUUUCAGAAUGUCCUCGUUUCGUGCUGCGUGCGAUAAACUGUUGCACAAUUCAAAACCCGCGAAAAAAACCGAUCUACUGACUGAACGUGAAUAUCAACAAAUUGCUUCCACAUCUCAUGACGAAUUUCUAGCUGAAAAUUACAGUUGCUCACAGUUGAACAAACUGUGUACAGCGGAGAAGGAACAUCUUAUUUUGCAUUAUAAUCACCUGGAGAAGAGAGUUGAACGCAAUCAGAGAAAAAUUCGGAAAAUUUAUAGCACGAAACCUGCGAUAAAAAAGAAGGACCCAGUUCAGACUGAUGUAAGCGCUCCAAUACGACCAAUCGUCGACGAGCAAGAGCGUGACAUAAUUGCGACGACAGAAGAAGUCGUAACUAUUACAGAACCGGAAGUCAACGUUGAAACCCCUGUACCCGAACCACUAGAGUUGGAACACGAUACGGAAAAUACUGCUUUAGCAAACAUAGAACUUUCCCAAGUUAUGCCACCGAAGGAAUUUCUUAAAACGGAACCGUCCCCUCCGAUCCUGAUGGCAAUGGAUCCGAGUGCAGUAGAUUUGGACUUUGGGCCUGUGGGAGAUGCCGGGUCGUUUCUGGGAACUUCAGAACCUAUGCCUAUCUCUGAUCCUAGCGUGAAGGAGCAGGUUUUGAAAGAAUUUCCUAGCUUGCGUCGAAUUACAGUUCCGAAAAGAUUCGAAGAUUUUGAGAUCGAUGAUGCCGUGCAGUACCGUCUACCAGUUCCACUCGCUGGGAGACUUACGACCAGCACACCGAUACCGUCUGUCAGAACCAGUAUGCUCCGACAGAGAGUACCAAUUGAAACGUCUCAACUUGAGGCGACAGAUGUUAGUUCUAUUCCGACUGGGACACCGUUAACUGUACCUCUUCCUGUUCCUUCACAACGCUCACAGGCUAUUUCGCAGGAUAGAACAAAUGAAGUGCAUCAUCGUGAAGAAAAUGAGGGGACAGCACCGGAGAAUCUACAAAUACCCGUUCAACAAAUGGAGGUAGACACAGAGAUACCGCCUGUGGUAACAGAACCAGAAAGGCCUGAACCGGCCAGCAAUCUCCCCGCACUAUCGUCAGAUUCUUCAACCAAUAUGCCGCCGCCACCGAACAAACGAGUUCCAAAAUCAUGCCGAAAGGUUCGAAUGUUUGGCGAUACGAUUGAGGACAAAAUUCCACUGCGGAAAAAUUACGAUUUCGGAAUUCCGGAUGAUUUUGAAAAACUCGAUGCAGGAAGAAAAAUUAUUCUUGAUUUGUUGGCCAGGCGCAGGGUUCCCGACAUUCGUGAUCGUCCGGUGGAAAACGUUCGGGAGCCGGUUUUGCGAGACGUAUCAGAAACAGUUCGUCCAGAGCUCGCCUCAAUCCAGGAGCCUAGUGUAACCCAGAAUAAUGUUGUUUCGAGUCUGGAACAACCCUCGCUAGAGGAUCGUGACCGGCUUCAAGUAAUCGAUCGAACCGUACCUUCAAUGGUGGAAGAAAUUACGGUGCAUCCGAAGGAGCCAGUCGUUCCGGCUGAUUUCGUUCCGCCGGAAGUUGGCCUAGUAAAUACUGCUGUAGAUCCUGGGCUGGGACUGGAUAGUCAAUCGAUUUUUAUAAACUCUACUCAACAAGACAGGCUUCAAACUAGUGACAGUAUUUUGCCACAGGCAGUAUGCAGUUCGAAGGAAUCACAGGUUCCUCAGUUGCCAAUUCCAACUGAAAACGUUCAGGAUAAUUUACCAGAAAACUCAACUAUAACAAAGGAUGCCAGGCAAAACCAACUUAGGCUUUGUUUAAAAAACAAAGAGAAGAUGGUUCCGAUGCUCAAGCUGUAUUUCGCAAUUCAGCACGAAAUUAGCUGCACCCGUCGCAACAGCGUCCUGUUUCAGCGAAUUUUGUUGCUAGUUGGUGCCGCUGGUUCUAAGCUGGCUAGCUGUCGUGUGUUUCGCAAUCUGCUUGAACUCAACGGCUGGGGUCUUCUAGAGAUUGAUCGUGACGAUCGUGCGCAGAUUCGGUGCGUCUCUCUGCGGGGCUCGCCAAGCGGCGCGACCCGUAGAGGGCAAUUUUAAAAUAGUUGAUUUUAUUUACUUUUAAAUGUUUAGUUAAGUAACUACAGAUUUUAUUUUUGUUAUUUCUAUUUAUAGUAGAGUUCGAAGUAUUUUAAUUUAUUUAUAACAUUAAACAAUGUUAAAACUAGAAUUUAUAAGUGAAAAGAAAGAGAAGCUGCAAUAAUCAUUUAAAGAUAUUUAUAGACGAGUUUGAACCAUUUAUAAUAUAUUAUA